AUGUCUGAGCGAGUCCACCCAUCUUACAGACAAGCACGCACCACCAAGAAAGGCUCAGCAGGUGGUGCCGAAGCAUCUGCUCCGGUUAAUGUCAGCGGUGGCCAAACAACCACCAAAAAAGGCUCAGCAGGUGAUGUCAGCGGUAGCCAGACAACCAGCGGGGCUCGACGCCACUACCGUCCGCCUAACCCUCAUACGGCUGACGAUUCAAAGCCCAACCCUCCUCCGGCUAACGGCCCAAAGCCCAACCCUCCCCUGGCUACCGGCCCACCGCCUACCAGUAAACGUCGGUCAAACUGGCAGAGAAUUUGCUGCUGUUGCUGUUUCUGGUCGAUUCUGAUCAUCGUUCUCGUGGCCGCAAUCGGCGCCACUUCCGUGUACCUGAUCAACCAUCCGCGUCCGCCGUCGUUCUCCGUCCCGUCGCUUCGAAUCGGCUGCGUUAACCUAACCACCGCCUCGGAUUCCUCCCUCUACCACCUCUCAUCUUUCUUCAACUUCACUUUGCUCUCGGAGAAUCCCAACAAGCACCUCACGUUCUCCUACAGCCCCUUCGCCGUCACCAUCCUAUCCGAGAACUCCGGCGGGAUGCUCGCGACCGGAACCGUACCGGCCUUCUUCAGCGACAACGGGAACAAGACGACGUUUCGCGGCGUGAUCGCAACGUCUUCGCCGGCGCGUGAGCUUGGCCCGGAAGAAGCUCGGAAUCUGAAUACAGACCUGACGCGGCCACGCGUGGGAUUGGAGAUACAAAUGCGAACGGACGUGACAAUGCAAAUGGGGAAGCUGAGGAGUGAAGGAGUAGAGAUCAAAGUGAAAUGCCAAGGAUUCGAAGGAACAUUGCCCAAAGGUCAAACUCCAACCGUAGCAAUCUCCAAGGAUACUAAGUGUAAGUCUGAGCUUAGCGUGAAGCUCUGGAAAUGGUGA